UACUCUGGAAAAACGACUUUUGUGAAUGUGAUUGCGGUAUGAAAAUGCUACAAUGCUGUGGUUUUGUUUUUGUUUUCGAUGUCAUUUCAAUGUGGUAGUUGUUUAUAAUUGUACUUACUGAUGCUCUUUUGCAGUCUGGGCAAUAUAAUGAAGAUAUGAUCCCCACAGUAGGGUUUAAUAUGAGGAAAAUAUCGAAAGGCAAUGUUACCAUAAAGGUAUACUGAUUAUCCAUUAAUAUAUUGACUUUUAAAACAUGGUAUUAUCUGUGUCAAUAUUAAUAUUUGCAUGGUUUUAUAAACUAUAGGUGAUGUGUAACCACUCCCAUGGGAUUCAAAGGACAAAGCGAUUUUUGCCAUUUUGGAUGAAUUUGCAUGACAAACAACCAAAAUCUUUUGUCAAUGUCAUCCAACAUGGCGACAGUGACAUAACUUGCACAUCACCUAUAUCACAAUAACUGCAUUGUUUGACAAAAAAUUUAGAUGCUACACAUUCUCGCAUCAAAAUAUAUAGGGGCAAUUAACCAAUUCCUAUUUAAUACUCAAUGUAUCAAACAAUAAGAUAUUGCCUUUUGCAUAAUUGGUCAUCCCAGAAAACAUCCAUGCCUCCCCGACUGAGGAGAGUGGGAAUUAACUUCCUUACGGACAUCCUAAUACACUUACUAUUACCAGUAGAAAUUCACGGUAGAAAUUUCCUCCGUGGGGGAGUGUGGAUCUUUUCUGGAGUGACCCAAUAUAUAAUUUAUUUUCAGGUUUGGGACAUUGGCGGGCAACCUCGUUUUAGAAGUAUGUGGGAGAGAUACUGCCGUGGCGUGAACUGCAUUGUGUAUGUAAACAUAAGAUUUGUGUAUUUUGUAUUUUCUAGUAAAUACAAGGCAAUAUUUUCUAUGUUGUGUAAUUGGGAUGAAAAGUGUUACUGUCGAUGCAAUAGAAGUGUUGAUAAAAUAUUGCAUCAAUUCAUUUCCUCGAGUUGAUCAAUUCAUACGAAUUCAAAUUUCUUUUUACUUCCUGUGCAUUUCCUAUUGGUCAAUAGGUUCUGAAACGAAAUCUAAUUGGCUCAUCUAAAAGUAACAGGAAGUUGAUCAAUUUUCUAUCAAAUGAAUUGAUCAACUUGAGGAAAUGAAUUGGUGCAAUAUUUUAUCAACACUUCCAUUGCAUCGACAGUAAAAACCUAUAAUCUUUUUGGCAUUCCACUCAAAAUGACUUUGUUUUAGCAAAGUAAAUUUUGUAGUUUACACAGUUAGCAACUUUUUUAAUGCAUCUGGCGGCUGAGAAACACAAAAUAAUAGUUAAUCAUUGAUGCUGUAAAAUUGAUGACAUAUUUAUACAGUAAUAUAAGCAAAACUUACUGAACUUCAGAAAUCAUUUUCUUUUCGGUGUACCAUCUAAAAUCUCUUCAUUACAUAAGAUACGAAAAGUUCUCCUCUUAAUUAAUAAUUAAAAGUACAUGUACAAUUGAGCUUCUUUGGUACAGGCUGGGCAGAGUCAGAUGAAAGUGUCCAUAUUAGCAGGAUGUGUAUAAUGACAUUUUCUCCAUUGUCUCCACUGAAUAUAUAAAUGUCACUGACAAAUCAUCACACAUUUGAUAAUUUUUCAAUUGCAUGAUUUUUGGUGGGAGAUAGAAAACAGUCUGUUGUAGGCAGGCCUCGAAUUUCCCUGAAAUGUAUGUUUGCGAUGUUACUCUGAGUGCAUAUCCACACCGGGCGAGCUUGAAAAAUAUGCCCGGCCACGGUGGGAUUCGAACCUACGACCUUUGGAAUACUAGCCCAAUGCUCUUCCAACUGAGCUACGCGGUCAGGACGGUUCGAGUAAGGGAUAUUUCGGAACAGUAUCUAGUUCCUUCAAUACCAAUGUGUUCUAGUAAUAUGAAUAUUUUUCUGUGCUGGUGUUGUGUACUCAGGUGAAUAAUAUGUUUGCGAUGUUACUCUGAGUGCAUAUCCACACCGGGCGAGCUUGAAAAAUAUGCCCGGCCACGGUGGCAUUCGAACCUACGACCUUUGGAAUACUAGCCCAAUGCUCUUCCAACUGAGCUACGCGGUCAGGGCUAGUAUUCCAAAGGCAGGCUUUCUUGCCAUCCUACUUUUCCUACUUUUUCCUACUUUUCUUCAACUUUCCUACUUUUCCUAUUUUUUAUUAAAAAUUGCUUGAUUUUCCUACUUUUUCCUACUUUUUCUCAUAAAAUCCUACUUUUUUAAGACAGCUUGGGGAAUCAGUAUGUUAUAGCUCUCGUAAUUAGAUCUAUAGGACUCGUAAUUUUUAUUCCCUAUUUGUGUCCCAGAUGAUAAGAUGUCAGGAGGAGAAGUACAUUUUCCAAGUAUAUAAUUUCAUAGCAUCUCUAGAAUCAUAAUCAAUAAAUUAAUGAAGACUCUGAAAGUGCCAUUUCCGACGAUCUAGAGAUUCCAAAUAUUCAACUCCCCCCUCCUCAGUUAAUCAAGCAUCAUAUAUACAGGGCCAUAGCAAUCGGGGGGAGGCUGCAGCUCCCCAAUAAUUUGCUAAUAAUCAUUUUUUUUCAAAAUCAUGCAGACCUUUAUCAUUUAAUCCAUGACAUGCAAACUGCAAAGAAUGAAGAUAUUACCCAUACUUUCCUGCAACUUAUCCAAUAUAUAGUUAAAUACGGCUUCGCCCAUUUAGUACUACUAAAUUGUAAAUUUCGACAUACUAAAACGCUGUUUUCUGACCAUUAGAAUUCUGUCAAAUCUUCCCCAAAGUCCAGGAAAUGGCAUUUCAGAGACUCUAAAUUUAAAAAUUUCUACCCCUUACCACAUAUAUCCUAGGGGGCAAUUUUGUAUAUUUUUGUGUUAUUUGCAUAUCCAAAACUCCUACUUUUGUCCUACUUUUCUACACAUUUUCCUACUUUAUUCCUACUUUUCCUAAAAUUCUAGUCCUACUUUUGUCCUACUUUUCUACACAAGGAUGCCAGAAAGCCUGCAAAGGUCGUAGGUUCGAAUCCCACCGUGGCCGGGCAUAUUUUUCAAGCUCGCCCGGUGUGGAUAUGCACUCAGAGUAACAUCGCAAACAUAUUAUUCACCUGAGUACACAACACCAACACAGAAAAAUUCCCUGAAAUCAAUCGACGGCAAUGGAGUUAAAAAAUGCUGUAGAACGUAAAAGCUGUCUAGGGCAAUUUUGGCAGUUUCCACGUCAUUUUUUCAAGUUACUGUAAUAAAAAUUCAAUUUUAUUGUUAUUUGGAUUGUUGACAAGCUAGAAACAUGUCUACGUAUUUCUUUAGUGUGUUUUUUUUCAAAGAAAAUUCAGACUAAAAUAGUGAUUUACGCAUGAUUUGAUCAACAUCUGAAUUCAAGUAUCAAAAUAGUAAUGCACAGUGAAUAGUACAAUAAUUAUACUAUACGGAAAAAAAUUGCUGUCGUUGCCGCAAUGAUCCACGGCAUUUUGUUCUCCCUCUACGGCAAUUGCCGCGAUAAAAUUUGAGCCUUGGUUGUAGGGUGAGGCAGUUAAUUAGCCUUUCUCACACCACCAUUUUUGGGUGGCUUUUCAGCCAAAGUCUGCAAGAUAAGUCCACAUAACAGCGACUUUUUAUAAUUUUUUGGACGAAUGCUGGUAAUUUGCUUUGUAAAUGGUUGGUUUAUUUUGAAAAAUUGCUUUUCACAUUGUUUUAAUUGUCUUCAUUGGUUAACAAGAAUUAGAUGCCACCCAAAAAUGGUGGAUAUUUGUCAUCAUGAGAAAGGCUAAUUGAUAAGUUGACCUCCCUGCUAGCACACUGUAGUCUCGGCACAAGAUAAAUCAUAUGAUGUGGAAUUUUCAAUACCACAACAUUUGAACUUAAUAACACAAUAAUUUUUUUGUAGAUAUAUGGUUGAUGCUGCCGAUCAUGAUAAAUUUGAUGCUUCGAAAAAUGAACUGCAUAAUUUAUUGGAUAAACCGCAGCUGUCCGGAAUUCCAGUAAGAACGUUUAUCAUUACUGACCGUUCAUUUAAGCAUGCAAAUAUAUGUUUUGUAGCCUAUCAUAGAUUUGUAACUUACUAUUAAUUUGUUGAAAUAACAAAUACUGAACAAGGUUUGUUAUUCGGCAGGUACUUGUGCUUGGAAACAAGCGAGAUUUACCCAACGCAAUAGAUGAGAAAGAAUUGAUAGAAAAAUUGUAAGUAUUUGUUUUAAGGUACCAAUAAAUAAAGUGCAAAAUCAUUAUCACAAUGAAACCUAUAGAUAUACAGAAGUACAUUUUUAUGUACAAUAAUUAUGUGUAUAUCUUUUCUAUGAUUAUAAAGCAUUUCAUUGUGUUAUCUUUCAGAAACCUUUCAUCUGUUCAAGAUCGAGAAAUUUGUUGCUAUUCCAUUUCUUGCAAAGAAAAACAAAAUAUAGGUAUGUUGUUAUGCUUUUUUGCAGGUACAUGUAAGUACAUAUUCGUAAUCUGAAACAGGUAGAACUAGAUAAAAUAGAGGUUGCAUUUUUCCAGGCGAGGAGAUUUAAGGGGAGAUUUUUUAUUACGUACUCAAAACUAAUGAGUGUAACGAACCACUUUUCUAGGUGGACUAUUAACCAAGGAUUUCUGGUUAAGAAUCCACCUAACAUAAUCUGGUUAAUUCAAGCAUAUAGCCGGGUUAAAUUUUAGAGUAUAUAUUAAAUGUUGGAUGGUCAUUUGAGGGCCAGAACUUUUAAUAAUUUCCUCAUACAUGACUUUAAUUAAAGUGGUUACAAUUCCUAACCCUAAAGCUAGUUUACAAGAUCUCCACUAACUACAAUACUAGCAAAUUACUUGUUAUAUACAAGUUAAGUACACCAAUUCUAUAAGAUGGCAUAAAUUACCAAAAAAAAAUUAAACUUUUUUAGGUAAACUACAAAACCCAUUGUACAACCUUUUACUAUUUACAUCAUGUUCAUAUAUCAAAAGCUUAUUUUCACAUAUGAAACAUAUUGCUGCAAAAAAUAUAUACAUGCAGUGUAGGUAUUUAUUGCAGUUUUAAUGUACAGUAUGUGGGUUACAUGGCGUGGUAAUUUGAAAUGUGAAAAUCUCGAAAAAAUUAUUAUGUAGUGACAUUACUAUAUAUGUGACAGAUUCAAGUAAUUAUUUUAAUAGGCAAAAAAAUAUAUAGGCCAAUUAUAUUGCUUGUGUUCAUACUUGUAAAAAAAAAUCAUACUGUUAACCAUUCACAAUUUAUAAAGAUAAUGAAAGGUUAGUAUACAACCUAAUAUAUUGGAAUAUUUCUGCAAAGAGUGAAACUAAAUGUUGCAAGUACUCCAAUGUUACAGAGUGAGUACAUAAUUGAUACAGAUAGGUAGAAACUGUAAGUUUUAUUAGAACAGAUCAACAGAUUAUUCUAAUAGUGAAGCUAAUCUAGAAAUUAUAUUAAGGUGGUAAGGGACCUGGGUUCAUAGUCAUUUAUCAAAGUAGUCACCUUAAGUUUUGUUUAUAUAAGUGUCUUGCCUGACUUACAAUUUUUCAAGUCAUUGGGAAUUGAAUUCCAUAAAUUUCAAAUUCCCUUUUUUGUUUUGUAGAUAUAACUCUACAGUGGCUGAUGAACCACUCAAAAUCAAAGAGUUAG